AUGCACAAACCCAAACACAUUCAUUGCCAGAACCCACCUUCUCCUGGCUCCAUAAACCCACCCGCGCCUUUGAACGUAGCACCCACCCGCGCGCGCAACAAACUCGCAGAACGCCUCGCCGCACGCGCAAAGAGAGAAGCCGAAGAAACCUCUACACUCGAAAGCACAGACCCCGACACGGCAGACGCAGCAGCCGUGCAACAAGCCUUUGAAAUGCCCAUGCAACCGCUAUCAGACCUCCCCGAUCUCGAUUUGUCUGCAGUAACAACCCGCCAAAUCAACGAGUUGAUCGGCAACACUGGCGGUGGCUCUGAUAGGGUUGUUUCCGCUUACUCGUCUUCCUCGUCGUCGUCUUCAUCAGACUUGGACUCUGCAUCCGAUGACGAAGAGCUUGCUUCACAAACACAAGAAAUGAGUGAGAGUGGCAAUACAGAAGAAGUUGGGGGCCUCAAACGUCGGCCUAGUACUACGGAAGCUAAGAAACGGGUUCCUCUUGAUGAUGGAGAGGAAGAUGAGAGACCUGCGAUGCAGAGGACUAUUUCCGAUCCUUUUAUGAGUCCGGCGGAGAGUAAUACUGAUAGCAGUGAUGAGGACAGUGAGGAGGAAUUGACGUUUGGUAGAUAG